GGAUGUUAUCAGAAUGGCAAGUCGAGAAUUGGCGUUACGGUCCGGGCUGUAACACUGUACGCUAGUCAGUGGAGCAGUGAAUACCGCGGAGAACCGACUCUCUAUAGUCACUAGUACGGACAGCAGUAUGGUAUGACAGGCAGUAUACCCCCGUGCAAGUCACAUAUAUUUAUAUAUAUGUAUAUACUCACGUAGCAAAAAAACCUAUUGGGAUUUACAAAAGAGAAAAUAGUGUUUACUUGUCAGCCAUGUGCUCGUGGCUAAGUGUUUUACAGGCUGUCAUAUGUGGAAGCUUAUUCUUUACAAUAAGUUCAGGGCUGGAGUGCGCGUGCACAACCCAGGAAUGCAUGGACCGGAAGAUGACAACGUGUCGGGCGUCGCACUACUGUUACAGCGAGACGAUCGAUGACCCUCUGUUUAGCCAUCUGACAUCCCGGGGAUGCAUCGACAGCAGUACGCCCUUGCUGUGUGAAAACCGUCGCCCUGCCAAGCUGAGGGCCGCGUGGCCAGUUCUUCACUGCUGUAAUGAUAAAAGUUUCUGUAACAAGGACGUGGUGCCCACACAGCCGCCACGACCAGUACCGAAAGUUGAAGAACCGGUGUACGAGGAUUUCAACACUGAGCCUACACCACAACCGGCCGGAUGUCCGAACCAGCAUGGGACCAACACCUCAAACAAUAUGAUCAAUCCUAUCUACAUAGCAGUACCGGUUGCUGGAGUCUGUGUUCUCCUUGCUCUCAUCAUCUUCGCUAUGUAUCUCUUGCGCAGGCGCACAGACUACUACGAGCGGUACCAGUAUCCAAGGACCGUCUCGGUACCCCAACAUCAUCAACAUUGCAGUGACGCAAAGUGUGCGAACGCAUGCAAACUAAACAGGUGUACGGACAGUGAGCGAUCGUCCUCGGGCAGUGAAACAAAAUUAUUCUUAUAGGGUUGGCUGAUGUAAUCACCAAUUACUAAACACAUUUUACCGGCUACCCCACAACACAGUCUGUCAAAGUGUUUGACACGCUCACCAGAACGCUUGACACCUUACAAAAUGGUUCUGGUUAUAUGACAUGACUAGGGGUUUAAAUCUGACUUCAGACUGUGGCCUAUUCAGGGAAGUGCUAAUACAUCACGACGGCCAAUAUGUGAUCAGCUAAAAUACGAAACGUUUGUUCCCAACAAACAAGUGGAACGAACUACAGCUGGAGUAAGUUUUACUGCCUCGACUGAAUAGGCAUGUAUGUGACUGAUAUUUUGCUAGAAAUGCAAUAUUCUUUCUGGUUAAAUGUGAAACAUAAACUAAAAAGAUGGCGAAUUUUCAUACAGUGACAUCAAAUUUUUCGAUUUUUCACGCACAUUUUCAAAUCCAUUUGCUACCGGGAUCGUCCGGGCGGCACCAAAAAACCCACAAUAGUCUUGAUAAGAAACAAUUGUGCAAUUGAUUAAUUGAAAGAGGCUAUAAGUUAACCCCAUAUCCACGUGAUGUUGCUCGCUCAAAGAUGCAACAUCUCGGAAGUGAAGGUAACUUGGAAGACACACAAGAAAGGGUAGCCAACGCGGACAAUGUCUCAUUUAUGUAUCAGUGUACAUAUGUCAUUUCCGGUCACGUGUCCUGCAUUAAUCUAAUCGUUAAAUAUGUUCCAUAAUUAUUUAUAGAGAGUGAGGGUGAAACGCUAGAGGAACGAAAUACGGGCGACGUGCACAAGAAAUAGAAUGAAAGGGAAAAUGUAUGACAGUAUUUGCAGUAGAGAUGUUGUGCUGUAAUGAUGUAUAAUAUAAUGAGUGAACGGAUAUUGAUAUGUGAUGUAUGGAAAGUGUGUGUCAUUAUAUUGAAGGGUUGAGAGAUAAGUGGUAGCGAUGUCUUACGUAAAACUAGACGAAGGAUAGUAGACGAGUGUCAAUUGUGAAACAAGUGUGAUGAAAGUGACUCUAAAUUGUCAUUGUACUCCAUCUAUUAUGUCAAGUACCUGCUGCUGUUACUGUGUACAUAACGCCGAUCUCUAACUAACAGCCAGGGCACUGUGUUUACCUCUUAUAUCUGUUUGUCGUUGUUGUCCUGCUGUCAGCCACAAAUCAAACACUCAAAUGACUCCGAUCACGUCUCGGUUAAUCGGAAUCUCGAGAGACCCGAGAAUAUCGUUGAUCAAAUGCUCGUCUUGCUAACAGAUAACUUGUCCAGGAACAUAAAAUCUCCUUACAAAAGCUAUACAAAUAUAUGGAAGAAACAUACUUCAUCAUAACUUCAUGAAAAUCCCAUGAUUCCGGGACAAGAUGGGUUUCGUUUUGCAAUCAAAUCUGCACUUUAAAUGGCAUUUUGAACGUAAUUUGUUUACUAACUGUUGAACAUUUUCCAGCUAAGCAUAAGAAAAUGAAGGCAGCAAAGCGCGUGGAUGUUUUAUUGUUUUGUAUCGUGUUUCUGGCUCUUCAUGUAAAUAUAGCAUCAAUGUAAUCCUCAGGGUAAGCGAAUGUCUCAAACACACAUCUACUGCGCAUGCUCCGAACUUAACAGAUAUUGAGAAUAGAAUAAUAUUACAUAAAACGCAAUAUCGUAUAUAUUGAAGAAAUCAAAUCAAUCAAAAUAUAACUUAAGUUGCUGUAAUUUUAUCAUUGGAAAAUUUCUGUGCGUACUUUUGACAUGAACGAAUUGAUAUCAAAAUAUUCGAGAGCAGAACAGAGUUCGAGCUCGCGCAGUUUAAAGGUAUAAUGUAAAUACAUUCACACAAGAAAAAUAUUGUACAUUUGUAAAUAAAUAUAUAUCUCGUGAUGUAUAUAGUUUUAAGUAGUUACUACGGUAACGCUAUUUGAGCGGUUGCCACGGUAACACAUUCUACUGUAAGUGCUUAUAUCGUCUUGUCUUUCAACUGCUAUUAUAUAAGGGACAAUACUAUUUUUGAAUUCAUUUACAGUUAUUUCAUUGGUCUAUGGGAUUUUUUUUAAUUUUAUUUUUUUAUUAAUAUAGUUUGAUCUGUUGCUGGACUAGUCAGUUCUAUGACGUCAUUGAUGUCGGACAUUUAAUCACUAGAUGUGAAAUAUAUAGUGAUUUUUUUCCUGAUCCCUAACAGAUAUUUCGAAAGGUUCAGAAGCACAUUUUUUGAAAGAAACAAACAUUUUCCUCUUGUAAUAUUGUUUUUUUAUACACGAAUGCAAAUUUAGAUUAAUAUAUAAUUCAGAAAUGUCGGUCGAUUUCAUUACUGGAGUAUAGGUCAAAUUAGUGCAUUCUAUUAAAAAAACUGCGCCUUUUCAUCACAGCAACAUAAUUAGACCAUAAAUACAAAUGUAUACAGAAGAUGUUGUAUCCUUCAGCGAUACCGACGUGGACAAGUGCAAUGUUAUCCCGUACAAGUUUCUCUUCAUAAACUAGAAGGAGUAGAAUCUCAAAAAAUGAUACAAUAAUGUUAGGCGUUAUUGGACAAGCACCUGUUGACAUACAGACUAAGUAGGCCUAGAGGUUGUCAAUCAUACUAACAAGUUUUUUUUUUUUUUUUUUUUUUUUUUUUUUUA